GAUCCCAGAGUCCUGGACAGCAUGCUCCCAUACCUGACGGCGUACUAUGGCAAUCCCCACUCCAGGACCCAUGCCUACGGCUGGGAGAGUGAGGCUGCCAUGGAGAAGGCAAGGCAGCAAGUUGCAGAUUUAAUAGGAGCUGAUUCAAGGGAAAUUAUAUUUACCAGUGGUGCAACAGAAUCAAAUAAUAUGGCCAUUAAGGGUGUUGCAAGGUUCUAUAAAUCCAGAAAAAAGCAUAUCAUUACUACGCAAACAGAGCACAAGUGCGUGUUGGAUUCUUGCCGUUCCUUGGAGACAGAAGGUUUUCGGGUCACAUAUCUACCUGUUAAAAAAAAUGGACUCAUAGAUUUGAAGGAGUUGGAGGCUGCGUUCCAGCCAGAUACAAGUUUGGUUUCUGUAAUGACUGUGAAUAAUGAAAUAGGAGUAAAACAGCCAAUUCAUGACAUUGGUCAGAUCUGCCGCGCGCAUAAGGUUUUCUUCCACACAGAUGCUGCACAAGCAAUUGGUAAAAUUCCUAUGGAUGUCAACAACAUGAAAAUUGAUCUAAUGAGCAUCAGUGGCCAUAAAAUUUAUGGACCCAAAGGGGUUGGUGCUAUCUAUGUUCGCCGUCGACCGCGUGUCAGGCUAGAACCCCUGCAAAGUGGGGGAGGCCAGGAGAGAGGACUGCGGUCUGGGACUGUGCCCACUCCUUUAGCAGUGGGUCUGGGGGCAGCGUGUGAAGUGGCACAGCAAGAGAUGGAGUAUGACCAUAAGCGAAUCUCACAACUGGCGGAACGACUGGUUACAAAAAUAAUGAGUGAAGUUCCUGAUGUGAUUAUGAAUGGAGAUAGAGAGCAUCGCUAUCCAGGAUGCAUCAAUUUAUCUUUUGCAUAUGUGGAAGGGGAGAGUCUUCUGAUGGCUCUGAAAGACGUGGCUCUGUCUUCAGGAAGUGCUUGCACGUCAGCUUCUCUGGAGCCUUCCUAUGUUUUGCGGGCAAUCGGAACAGACGAAGACUUGGCUCACUCAUCUAUAAGAUUUGGCAUUGGUCGUUUCACUACAGAGGAAGAAGUGGAUUAUACAGUGCAGAAGUGCAUACAGCAUGUUAAGAGGCUGAGGGAAAUGAGCCCCCUCUGGGAAAUGGUGCAGGAUGGAAUUGACCUCAAAAGCAUUAAAUGGACUCAGCACUGAGAAAAACAUCGCUAUCCAUGGACUAGACGUGGAUGUGGAUUGAAAUGCAUUUUCUGUACAUUCCUGAACAAAUUACACAGCACUUCUGGUUUUUGACACUUGCAUUUGAUUGGAAAACUACCCUUUCUGAUCACAAAAUCUAAGCAGCCAAAAAUUAAGCUAGUCUUUAUCUUGGAGAAAGGCAGGAUGAUAGAGCACCCAUUGCAUUUAUAUUGACACACAGAAAUUUAUGUUAAAACACAAUUUAUUUGGAAAUGUAUUUUCUAAUAAGAAAAUGAACUCAGUGUGUUACUCGUGGGCCA